UGUGAAACAUGAACUCUGGAGACACGAGUCUCUGGAGACGUGUCUCUGGAUUCUCCCUGGAGCUCAUAUCUGAAAACAGCUAUGCUGAUUACGGGGAAGCAGGCUGUCAGGAUCCGUCGUGUGAAGGAGCCACUCCUCCUGAUGCUCUCCACAGCCAUAGAGGACUCAGAGGUUGAAAACGACGACAGAGAGUUACUGAAAAAGUCCAGAGGAAGAGCUAAUCCCGAGUUGGGGCCUCACAUGUGGCUAGACACGGAGCUGUAUGAGGGCAUCGUCAGUCAGCCAAUCAUCGAGCCCACGCCCGUCUUGCCAGGUUACCCGGGACAGAUCCAUGCCAACAUCGGCCCCGUUAGGACCAACGUGACCUUCAACCACCGGGACUGUGGUGUGACGCUCCUGAAGAACGACCAUGUGCUGAUCAACCUGCUGGUAGACAUGGCAACAAGAAAGAGGAGGGCAGCAAACAUCAAACCCAAAGUCCCUUUCACCUUCAGCUACACAAAAGAGACAAGAGAGCUGGGUAUCAUCGCUUAUCUGGGCUCUGAAGAAGGAAUCGUGAAGUCGGAUGACCACGGUGAGCUUCCCUUUGACAUCUGUGAGAACUUCAGCGAUAGCGAGUUCAACAGCAGCGACAUCCACAAGCAGGUGGAGUUCACCACCACCCUGGUGAAGUCGAAGAAGAGAGCGAUCAGGCUGCGGAGGACGAAGAGGGUGGAGGACAAAAUCCUGGAGGAGCAGAAGCGACGGGAGGAGGACGAGAAGAAGAAGUGUGAGGAGGAGAAAAAGAAACGGGAGGACGAGAGGAAGAGGAGGGAGGAGGAGGAGCAAGAGAGAGAGGCCGAACGGAGAAAGAAGGACGAUGUGUCGGCGGCGUUGGCGGCCGCCAAAGACAAG